GAACAGCGCCGCCGCCGCCGCGGUACGUGAUCGAUGGCGGAUAAGAGCCCGCUCCGGCGGUGGAAGCCCUUCUUCCCUGCGUUCGGCGCCAUCGACGCCUCCAUCGAGGCCGCCGCUCCUGAGUGCUGCUCCCGGGACAAGUACCGGCAGGUGAGAGGCGAAAUCGUGGAGUUGCUCUGCGACUGCGACGCCGCGGACGGCGGCCGAGCGGAGGAGCUCUGCCGUCUGCUCGACGUGGCGAUGGCCGAGGCGCUCGAGACGCUGCGGGUGGUCCCGGUGACGCCGGCCAUGCUGACGACCACCGACGUCGCCAGGGCCGUCGGCGGCCUGCUGGGGCACGAGUGCGGGAGGGUGCGCGGCCUCGCGCGCGCCGUCGUGAGCGGGUGGAGGGCGUCCCUGGAAGCCGCCCUGGGCACGCUGCUGCAGAUAUCGCUCGAUGAGCACGAGGUGGCCGCCGCCGCCGCCGCCGCCCCUGAGACCGUGAGACGACACUGGUUGAAGCAGGAGAUAUCAAGCAAGCCGUGGCCAGGAUCUCAGACAUGGAGUGUCCCAACCCGAAGAAGAUGCCUGCUGGCGUUCCCUGGCCAUGGCGACGGUCGCGUCAGGAACGAGGAGACGGCAGCCGACAGGCGAUGCAAAGCGCAAACACCCAGGAACAUACUGCAAGGGAUGCAAAGCAGAAGCUGAUACGGAUACGGAUUCGAAUAUCAUUAUUCAGCAUAUUGUAAUUCAAAUCUGAAUACCAAUACGGAUAUAGGGAUAUUUACUUUGAUUUUGGAGAUUAUAUGUAUCUAUUUGCUUAUU